UAAAUACACUUUGUCCCGCUGCAGUGUGUCUUCGCACCAGCAGCAGCUCCGUCCGGAAGGUUAAAAACCACAAUGGCAGCGCCGAAGAAAGUCUGUGUGAUCGGCUCUGGUAAUUGGGGCUCGGCCAUUGCCAAGAUCGUGGGCGCCAACGCGGCCAAGUACGACCAGUUCGACACCACGGUGAACAUGUGGGUGUUCGAGGAGACGGUGAACGGCCGCAAACUCACAGAAAUGAUCAACACCGAUCAUGAAAAUGUGAAAUAUCUGCCCGGCCACAAGCUGCCCCCAAACGUGCUGGCCGUUCCGGACUUGGCAGAGUCCGUGAAAGGAGCCGACAUCCUGAUCUUCGUGGUGCCUCACCAGUUCAUUGUGAGAGUGUGUGACACCAUCAAAGACCACAUCAAGAAGGAGGCGCUGGGAAUGUCUCUCAUCAAGGGUGUGGAUGCGAGUCCGGAGGGCCUGAAGCUGAUCUCCGAGGUCAUCCGGGAGAAGCUGGGCAUCACUGUGACCGUCCUCAUGGGGGCGAACAUCGCCAACGAGGUCGCAGAGGAGAAGUUUUGUGAAACGACGAUCGGGUGCAGAGACAAAGCUUUUGGGCCCAUGCUGAAGGAUCUGAUGCAGACCACCAACUUCCGUGUGACCGUGGUGGAGGAGUCCGACGUGGUGGAGAUCUGCGGGGCCCUCAAGAACAUCGUGGCGGUGGGAGCGGGCUUCUGCGACGGCCUGGGAUUCGGAGACAACACCAAGGCGGCGGUGAUUCGCCUCGGCCUGAUGGAGAUGAUCGCCUUCGCCAGGUUCUUCUGCACAAACUGCCAGGUCUGCCCCGCCACCUUCCUGGAGAGCUGCGGCAUCGCCGACCUCAUCACGACCUGCUACGGCGGACGCAACCGCAAGGUCGGGGAGGCCUUCGCCAAGACAGGCAAAAGCAUUGAGCAGUUAGAGAACGAGAUGCUGAACGGUCAGAAGCUCCAAGGCCCGGCGACCGCGUCCGAGGUCCAUCUUAUCCUCAAACAUAAAAACAUGGUGGAAAAGUUUCCUCUUUUCACCGCUGUUCACCAGAUCUGCUUCAACGGACACUCGGUCACAGAUUUCAUCAAGUGUUUGCAGAACCACCCGGAGCACAUGUGAAGGAUUAAAAGUCGGGAAAGGACUCGCCCUGGACACACACACGUCGCAAAGUGUCUUAAAAGUUUCUAUGAGUUUACCCCACUUACAGCAACACUCAAACCCAGAACUGAAUGUAUUGAAAUGUUAUGGAAUGAUUCAGGAGAAAGUCUUCACGGGCCUUUUCACCGGCGUUUGUUUUUACGAUGUUUAACCAAUCAAGGGACAAAGCCUUAACUUCCACGGUGUUCUUUCUGUUCUUCUGCAUUCACGAUGAUUCUUUUUGGAAUAAAUUAUUGAGCUGGUUGACAUUU